AUGAUGAGGACGGCGGCGGCGGCGGCAGCCUCCGAGCAACCCCUACCCCGGGGGCCGCAGCCCCGCACUUACCGGCUCUGGCUCUGCGGACCAGCGGCGGCGGCGGGAGGCGGUGUAGCCCCCGGCCUCCGGCCGCCGCCCCCGCCUCCGCGUCCGCGGCCGGCGUCAUCCAUUGGCUGCCGCGCCCCGGGACCGCGUCCGCUGCGGCCAAUCAGCGCCGAGCAGCGCCUUUUGGAAACUUUUUUUCCCAGGUCCCGGGCGCGGCGCGGCCACGCGGCGGCCCGAGGCGGGCUGGCGGGAGGGGUUCUGGGAGGCUCCCGCUGCUGGGCAGGGUUCUGGCCGGGCUUGGAGGCUGCGGGCUGCUCCCUAGACACCGGGGGAACGGGCUUGGACUUGCGGGCCAUUUCAAGAAAAUAUGACUCCCUGCCCUUGACCCCGAUUGCAUUUUUCUGUUCUUGGAUUUCCCCGAAAGCAGAUAGAAGAACAAAGAUGUACGUCCGCUUAGAGUAA